AUGCCCUGCGGUGGUCCAGGCAAGGGCAAAAUUAAUGCGGCCCAGAGCGGCUCGCUGCUGUACCGCCUGGCUGUGCCUCCCUGCCCCGUGCACCUCUCGAGAAGAGCCCGGGAAAAGGGCUUUGCCUCGGAAACCCCCGUGCCGUCUCGGUGCGCAGCGCCCGGGCUCCGGGCAAGCAGCACGCCUGAGAGGGCUUUCACUGGGCUGCCGGCACCGGGGCUGCCAAAGCGGCUCCGCGCUGUCCGCACUGCUCCGCACCGCACCGCCUGGCAGGGGCCAAGAGGACCGGAGCUCCAGAGCUGUCCGUGCGGCGGAGCACGGAGCCCCGAGCCCCGAGCCCCGAGCCCCGGCGGCGCAGGCGGGGUCCGCCGGCGGAACCCUGCUCCGCUACAAAGGCUCGGCGGCACCUUUAAGGACCGCACCGAGUCCCCGCCUCCCACUUCGCCAUUGGCCACUCGCGCCCGCCCUCCUCGCUUUCCCGCCUCCCAUUGGUCGAUCCACCCGUCAGUCGCGCACGCCCCGCCCAGCGGGCGCGGCCAUGCCGAGCGGCCGCGCGCUCUGGACAGCUCCCCCCGCGACCGCCCGCCCGCCGCCGCCCCCGCGCAGCAGCUGGAGGAGAUCAACACUAAGGAGGUGGCCCAGAGGAUCACGGCGGAGCUGAAGCGCUACAGCAUCCCCCAGGCCAUCUUCGCCCAGCGGGUGCUGUGCCGCUCUCAGGGCACCCUCUCGGACUUGCUACGGAACCCUAAGCCUUGGAGUAAACUGAAAUCCGGCAGGGAGACCUUCCGGAGGAUGUGGAAGUGGCUGCAGGAGCCGGAGUUCCAGAGGAUGUCAGCCUUAAGGCUCGCAGCGUGCAAACGUAAAGAGCAGGAACCAAACAAAGAAAGGAACAACUCCCAGAAGAAAUCCCGCCUGGUUUUCACUGACCUCCAGCGCCGAACGCUUUUCGCCAUCUUCAAGGAGAACAAGCGCCCGUCCAAAGAAAUGCAGAUCACCAUCUCCCAGCAGCUGGGCCUGGAGCUCACCACUGUCAGCAACUUCUUCAUGAACGCCCGGCGGCGCAGCCUGGAGAAGUGGCAGGACGACCUGAGCACCGGGGGCUCCUCCUCGGCCCCCAGCACCUGUACCAAAGCGUAACUGCGCGAGCCGCCAAGCGGCGCGGGCGCGGGUGGGGCCCUUCACUGGUGACUUGAAAGCACAAUCCUCCUGGAUCGUCCUGGCCUGGCUGCAAGGAGAGGACACUGUACGGCUUUUAGUCAGUUGAGAAGGCGCAAGUGAAGAAGGAACCUCUUUCUCUGUAACACUACGCUCAGGACAGGCGAAGCAGGUCUGAAGGAAGAGCCGUUGGUGAGGCGAGUUCCGCGCCGGAACGGAGCACAAGGCUGACACCGAGACGCCAAGGAGGCCGAGAACCUGUUUUCGAAUCUCAGGCAUGGUUUUGUUGAGUGUUCUAGGGGAAAAAAAAAAAAAAGAUCAAAUUUAUGUUUUUCUUUCUUUCUUUCUUUUUUUAAUUUAUUUUUAUUUCUUUUGUUUUGUCAGUGAGUAUAGCUUGGAUCAGAAAAAAAUCAGUUCACUUGAGCUCAAAGUGUCAAGCACAAAGACAAUAGCUAUAGAAAUAGGUACGAUUCUGGACUCACUACAGCCGUUAUUUUGAGAUGCAUUCUAAUUUACAAAGAUGAUAGUGAAAAAGUACAUGACUACACAAGUCUCAAGCACAGUUUGCAGUUUGUCACAAAUUCUGUGUUUGUACAUGAUGCAGAUGCACACUCAGGAGGUCAAUUUAACUGCUACAGUACAUGCAAACACAAAAUUUUGAAAGAUCUAGGGUUUUUUUUAGGUCAUUAAGAAGUCCUUUUCAGUUGCCAGGAAUCUAUUUUCUCCUUUGUAGUCUCAUCAUUACUGAAACACAUUUAGCACUUGAUGCUUUUUUGUUCAAUUUUUUCAAAAUCCUUAUAGGAAUGUUAUGGUCCUUUCAAGCAGGAAAAAAAAAAACAAACCACAAACAAGCCCUUCAAAUGUCAUUGACCAUUUUAGAUGUGCCACAUACGACUUAAAAACGCCAUCGAAAUCCAUCACACUUUAAGUUCUUUUUGUCCACCAGUUCAUCAAACCUGACGAGAACGCAGCACACCAAAGAGACAGGAUUACUGCAAGCCAAAGAUAUUUGUAACUCGCCUUUUUCUUUCCGCCAUCGUUAGCGUGGUCGUUGUUUUCGAGAUCAGAAAGCCUCACAAACACCGAACAGUUUGUAAAUCUCUCACGGUCAUUUGCUGCACCAGAAAGUGAACGCUGACCAAAACACGUGCGCAAAGUCCCGAGCGGCGCGGCCACUCCGUGUGCAUCCUUACCAGUGAAUGGCCCCUGUGAAAGCAAGCCAAACGCUGUAAUGCUUCGUUAGAGACACUUGAGACUUUUUUAUGUACUACUUAAUCGAAACCAAAGAAACGUUUUCUGCACCUACUUCUUCUGCAACAAACUGUUCCAUGGAAUGAAUAAAAGGAAAAGAAAAAAAAAAAAAAAAACAACCAAGGAAGCACGUCAGGAAGCAAACAAGUGACACACUGUGUUUUGACAGACAUGUGGGACAUUUUAGGAAGCAGAUUUCAAAGAAAGGGUUGGCAAGAACAAAAACAAAGUAAAGCCGGUAUGAUUGCUGCUUCAUUUGACAACUCAGUCAUCUUAAAGUUGAAGAUUGUCUUUAAUUUGUGCCUAUGCAGUUUUUUUCAAAAGAACAAGGAACAGGGCAACCAAAACCUCAACAGCUACAAUACCAAAGAUGAGGAUUCUCACAACUGUUAUUUCAGUUCAUUAUGUCUUCUUGCACGACUAAGAUGUGUAUAGCACCAUUGAUCUGUGGAAAGGUAAUCAAUUCUGUUUCUUUGAGCAACACAAUGGGUGAGUUUAUUUAUGUUUUUCCUGUGUCUACCCCACGUGGAAUCUCUCUGCGAGUUGCACGGACUCCAAGUGUAAGAUGUCGGGAUACUUAACUGGGAUUGUAUGAACAAUGUUUCAGCUGGAUAUUGCUUGUUCUGUCAGGUCUCUUGUAUGUUUAGAGCUUCUGUGUGUGAAACCAGUUGAAUAGCCUAGACCCCCUUUCUCACACCCAGGGAUAACACUUGCAAUGUAUGUACCAAAUUAUUUACUUUUAAGUAGUGAGCACCAUUACAGCCCAGCUCGUUAGGAUCAGAACCUGAUCUGAUCUGUAACUGAGGUUUCAGCGGUUCACAUGGCAGUUUGCUAAUUUGUUUGGACGUGUUCUGUUCCUUGGGCAAAGUCACAGUGAUCCAAAUCGUGACAUGCAGACUUAGAUCCAAAUUUGCGAGCAGAGCAAUAAUGCCCUGUGUAUCACUCUGCUCCAUCCCAACAUUUAAAUGAAAGCUUCUUUUUCACUUCUUUGCAAAACUACAACAAUCAUUUUCCACUUUUUACAUUAAAAAAAAAAAUUAAAACUUAAAAGACCUUGUCUGCCCAGGACAGGAGAGUUUUCUGCAAAGUAAAUUCAGGAUCCUCACAGCAACCAAGCUGACAACACGUCCCAGCUCUGGAAAUCAAAACUUCCUCAAAAGUGGAUUUCCCAGGCUGAUGGAACACCGUUCCAAACCAUUCCAAGGAGCCUCCUAAUCAGCCACGGUGUAAAGCUGAAACAAACAGUGCAGGUCUGGGUGCUGCGCGCCAAUGCCACUGGGUGCUGAGAUGCUGUGGUUGUAUUCUACGUUCAGCUUUGCUCACAUCUAAGGGGCUCCAUGCACACCAGCCUCUACAUGCACAUUCUGAGUGUGGCAUUGACUUUAAGGGGAAUUUCUUGUUCUGAAAGCGUUUUACUGCAUUUCACAGCAGUGUUAUGCAAUGCUGUUUUUUGUGUCACUUUUUUUUAUUCUGUUCCAUGAUGCCUUUGUAACUACACAAAGAAUGGUCAGACACACCACUGGUAGAAACCCAGAAUGCCAUUUCCUACCUUCCCUAACCUCACUGCAAUCACAAGGCAGAGAAGUGUGUUUCCCACCAGAGAGAAGCGUGCAUAGCGGUCGGUGUCCCUGCUGCAGACAAAAGAACCUGUCAGUCACCUCCAGUGAGGAGCAUGCACACACUGACAGCUUUGCCUCCUGCAUACCACACACCUGAGAGGCAAAGAGGAGCAUAUCUCACAGUGUUCAUGAGCAAAAACCUUUUUAUGUCUGCUCGGAGUUCAUCCAACAGUUUUGACAAAGUAAGUACAGAUCAAAUAGCACUUAUAAAAGAAUGUAUCUUCAGUGAAAUAAUUAAUUUUCUCCAAGCUCUGGAAGUCCUUGUUAUGCAAUUUUAUGGCUUAAAUUCUUGCUUUGAUCUUUCAAAUGUCGACACUGGAAACAACAUAGUUAAGCUGAUGGAGUGGCGCUGAGGAUGACAUUAUUGUCCAUUCAACAGUACUUGGCUAGCAGAACAUGUGAGCCUUCUCUGUGCUGGUGAUUGCAAGUAUAACCGAGUUCAUCAUUUCCCUCAUAUUUGUCAAAACUCAUUUUCAUAUGAAAAUAUCGCUGCAUGUUUUAUCCCUGCUUCUUUCAUGGCCCUAUGUUAUGUCUCCCAUUUCACUCUCAACUACCGCAGGCUUCUGCGUAGCAGCUGACUCAGAAGAGGAGUAUCGAUAGCAUAUGCUGUGGGUAGAUAUAUUUGUAUGUACACAUAUGAACAAAAUAUAGAGUAUAUAUUUACUAUAUAUAUGUAUACAGUUAUAUAUACUGUAAUAUAUACUAUAUUCUGUUCAUACUAAAAAACCUCAUAUAGAUAUGUUACGUUUAUAUACCAUAUAUUUAUGAAUCUGUAUAGCUGUGUAAUGUAACUUGUUCCUUUUAUUUAUUCUAACAUGAGAGACUACUAUGUACGGACAGUAUCCCAGCAUCUUCCUUGCCGUGUGCUUGGAGUUACUAUCAUUGGCACAUCCAAGAUGAAUUCAACUUUCAAGAAACCUUGGAUAUUGUUAAAUCACCUGUGAAGGAACAAAGAAUGUGCUUGAUUACUUCGGUUGAAUAGCUUUAUUCUGGAUCUCUCUUAACUAAAGCUAAAUCCAAAGACCUGAGAAGGACUCAACCAGCAAACUACUCUCAAUCCUGCGUAAGGGAAUAGGGACCUCCUCUUCCUAAACAAGAUAUGGUAUUGACAUGGUAUUGGAAAGAGUGUGCUAACAUUGAAAAAAAAAAACACAAUGAUUUUCUUGCUUGUCAUGAUACCUACAGAUUUUUAAGACAUGGGGAAAGUUUAUACUUGGCCUCCUUUAUAUUUAUGAAGGGGAAUGUUUAUUGUUGUUUUUUUUAAUUGAAAGCUUAAAAUGAUUUUAUUUUUUUCCUGACAGUUGUAGGUUUUAACUUAAUAUAUUACCUAUCAAUAAUGUAAUUUAUUUAACUUAGUCUUAGAGUAGGUUCUGAAAUAUCUGUUCAGUCCAAAUCCCACCUAUUUUCAUUUUAUCUUUAAAGUUCAGUGGGACUUCUGCCUGAAAACAGGAUCAGGGUCAGGUGUUAGUUGUUUGUAACUAUCUAAUUCAGCCAUCUGUUAAUUUGGGUUAAUUUUCCUUAUUUGUCCAUUUUACUGUUGUAGUGCAUCAGAGAUGCCAGCCUACGUUAGUAGAUACACUUAAAAGUUAGUUUAGCUUCCUAAAGCAGCCAAGUUCUGUUACAGGCAGGAGGAAAAUUACGAGUUACACAAAACAUGAAUCUAAUUUUAGCUUCUUCUUUUAAUUGAUUUUAAUCGUUAAAUAUCAAAAUUUAAAUUAUUUAAGUUAAUCUCGUCUGAUGAGAAAGUGUGAUGUAUAUUAUGGCACACAAAGCCUUCAUAAUAUAUUUAUUUAACUUAUUCAUCAUCAUCCCAGGAUUCCCUUGUAUAGUUUUUGUUUUUUAUUUUGAAUUACUUUUAAAGCACUACAGAUAAUUUUCUGUCUGAAAACAGAGCAAAUUUUGAGGACAAGCAAUGAAUAUUCAACCUAAAACUGUGCAUUCAGAAACAACAGGAAAAAGAGACACUGAGAUACUUCGCCUGAACUUUGUGGCUUCUUAAAACUUAAGCUGGGGGAAAAAUAAUCCAUGCCAAGCAAAAAGAGAGAAACCCUUAACCUAGCUGCUUCCAAGAAUGAACUUCUGUGUGUGUGAAAAAGAGAAAAAAGAAAAAAAAAGGAAAAAAGAAAAAAAGAAAAAACCUUUCUAUUUCUAGUGAGAACCAAAGAGGCUACCUCACUGACUUUUUCCAUUUGUAAUUUUAAUCGUGUUGAUGAUACCAAAGAUACCAAAGAUUUCUUUCUCUGUGCGGUCUGCAUUUUGCUUGUGCUCUUUUAUAGUUUUAACUUUUCUCUCCUACUUACAGUAAUGUACAGCUGCAACUCAGAUACCCCAAAGAAAUACUUCUGGUGGAAGCUGCUAAUUCUGAAGACAGCAUUUUCUUUGUUUUCCUUGUGCCCUUCUGACAGCCAAAAAAGUCCGAGACCAUCACCCCCUGCACCCCACCAGAGCCCAGUGGCCAGAGCACUUGUGUUGAGCCAGGGGUGGAUCUGGGUGGUGUUUCCAGCCCAGCCCUUGGUGCAAGGCUGCAGGCUGCUGCGUGGAUAAAGGGGUGGGAUUCCUCUACUGAGUUCCAGACAGAGAAAAUAAGCAUCAAAUCCCGUGCUCAAACGAAGCUUUGGGCACAGGGAAGAAAAAGUCCUGUCCAUUCUUAUACAUUCUGUAGAUGCCAGCGGCAGGCAAGGGGCAUGAUGAGGGAGGGCUCAUGCAGGUACGGUGAGGCAAAGCCCAUCACCCCAUGUCAGCCCAUGUCACCUUGUGUCACCCCAUAUAUCCCUGCGUCAGCCCAUGUCACCCAUGUCACACCAUAUCAGGAUCCAUCACGGAGAUGGAGGGUGAACCUCAUGAGCCGUAUUUUCUUGACAUAUUUCUUAUAUGUCCUUGAGAGCUGACUGAGUUAAUCAAGCUUGUAAACAAAUGCUUAAAUUCUUUUAAAGUCAGUAAGAUUAAGUAUUUGCUGAAAUCUUUUGCUGGAUCAGGUUGUCUAAGGAGAUGCAGCAUCACCCAACUUAAUGCCUUGUGUCAGCUCUCCUAGUGAGCACUGCAUAUGUCCUUCACUCAACCUGGAACAAGUUUUUGCCAUGCUUACACCAUUGUUUUUUACAUAAUGCAGUGUGGUUCUGAACUGAUGUUUCAGAGAAACUGACAUAUAAAUGCAGUUGGCCCCCUGUGUUUUUCCAGUUUCAAUGGAUUUAUUUCUUCACCUUUCAAGAGAAGAUAUGUCUCCGAGUCACCGCAUGGUGCCCUUUGUCAUGCCAUGUCACCUCAUGUUGCCCCAUGUCACCCUGCCUGGCCACUGGGGGAAUGAUGCCUGCCAGGUAUGGACCACUCUGGUUCCACACCAGGGCAGCUGCAUCCCAGGAGAGGCACUGGGCUUCUGGGAGCCCUGCAGGCAAGGGACAUGGCAACAGCUUCUCACUCCUGAUACUUCUUUGUUGUUGUUUACAGUUUCCAUAUGAAAAUCAAGUAAUUAUUCUUCUCAAGUUAGCCAUGAAACAAAGCUCACUAAGCUCUAUUCAUAUCAUGUUCCUAAGUGAUUACUUAAACUUGGCUGCUUGGGAAAUAAGUGUUGCACAUUCCUUUUUGUUCCUUGUAUCCCAUUCAUAGGAUUGCAUGCAGCUCUCUGGGGUGCCAGGCCCACCUCAUCCAUCACUUGUACCCUCAUGCAGCCCCCACCACCUCCUGCUGCUAGCAGAGCCCACACCCCACUAAGAGCCAGAGGAAGGGCUGCGUUGGCUGGCAGAUGGGGUGGGGAGAGGAACCCCUUGCCCAGGUCUCAGGCUGGGCCCUGCCCUGAGAUGUGUGUAUGCCACACUAGGCCACACUAGCCUGCAGUGGGCUGCAGUAGGCCUCACUAGGCUGCACUAGGCCAUGCUAGGCUGCAGUGGGCUACAGUAGGCCACACUAGGCCGCACUAGGCCGCAGGGGAUCUGGCCUCCCACUGGGGAUCCAGAGCAACAAGGUGCCAAUGGCUCAACACAAGUUCCACUUACAUUAAAUGUUGCCUUUUAUUUUGUAUUUCACCUUCAAGACUGUAUUGGACAAAAGAGGGACUUGUCAAAUGUGCUUUUUAUAUCUCUGUGUAUUCCUUCAGUAGAAAGCUAUAACAGUUCUCAGGAUGCCUUCCCGGUGCAGAGGAGUCGCCGGUCCUGUGCGAGGUGACCCCUCCACGCCGUGCCCUCUUGCCAUACCCUGUACAGAAGGGUUGGGGAUCGGAUGGACAUAGAAGAUGCUCAGAGUUGGCAGGUUCCUCUUAACAGUAACUGCGUUUCUUACCAGACACAUGCUUUACUUGGAAAGUGUAACAUUACCACGGGACGAGUGCCUUGCUUGAACCAAAGCAACGAUUUUGCCAGUCUAGACCUCUCUGUGCUUUUUUUUUUUAUUCUUCCUGUGAAUACCUCAGCUUCAACUGGGCCGCCAUAUCGUACCUGGUGGGCUUAUUGUACUGUGGUGCUUUGCAAUGCAACUCUGCAAAGAACAACUUGUAAUAAUACCAAAGGCUCCCUUCCCCUCCCCUCUCCCCUCCUCUCUCCUUUCUCCUCCCCUCCCUUCCCCCCUCUCCUCUCCCCUCCUCUCUUACUCUUCCCCUUCCCUUUCCUCAUCCCCCUCCCCCUCUCUUCCUCCUUCCCCUUCCUCUUCUGCUUCCCCUUCUGCUCUCCUCUUUUCUACUUCUUCAUGGUUCCAAAGCUUUAAUAUAAACCUGGGCAUGUUGGCAACGCAGACCGUGCAAUCCCUUACCGAAUUUUCUCAGAUAUACCUCAUAGAUAAUAGUUGUUUAGAGUAAUGUUAUUAUAGCGUAUGUAAUAAAUUAUUCACUGUUUCUUUUUGGUAACUGUGAUCUAAAAAAAGAAAAAAAAAAAGCUUUAUACGUUUUAGGUUGUGCUUUUGUAAUAGACAAAAAAGGUGCGCUUAAAAAUGUAUGUCAGUCUUUCUUCCCGUUGGAUUUUUUUUUG